AUGGACGAAGCUCCAACGCCAGACGCAUUGUUGGGCGACUCGGACGAUGCUGCAGUAUCCAACAUGGACCCUGUCCGCGGAGACGGCCCUCGUGAGGUACCUGUGGAUGAUGGUAUUGUCCUCGACGGAUUAGCUAGCCAGAGAGGGGACAGCGACGUAAGCCCUCCUCGACUGACAUCAACGCCCGCCGCCAGAGCCACGCCAGGAGAUUCCUCGACUGGCGAGGGCGGAAUGGCGGAGGAACCAGCUGGGGAUCCCAAUUCUUCUUUGCGACGGUUGCGCGGGAGCAACGUCUUCCGCGCUCUCUCACUGGUUGCAGCUAUGUUCACACUCGUAGCUGUGACCUGA